CGCUGCCGGGUUGCGGUUCCGGGUCGGCCGCUCCGCUGCCGGCAGCCGCUGCUCCCCGCCCCGGCUUUCUUGACUUGGGCAGAGGGUGGUCUUAAGUCCGCUCCCGGGCCACAUGGCUGAGGGGAACGCAGGGAACGACCAGAGGCAGAAUGAUGAAAUUGAAGCACUGUCAGCCAUUUAUGGCGAAGAAUGGUGUGUCGUUGAUGGCCCCGCCAGAGUAUUUUGUAUCAGAAUUAGCGACGAUAAAGAACAUCCCAAGUGGACAAUUUCCUUGCAGGUGAUUCUGCCGAGUGAAUACCCAGCUACAGCUCCACCCAUUUAUCAGAUAAAUGCUCCUUGGCUUAGAGGGCAAGAACGUGUGAAUAUAUCCAACAGCCUUGAGGAAAUAUAUGUUGACAAUAUUGGUGAAAGCGUUCUUUACCUGUGGGUGGAGAAAAUAAGAGAUGUUUUAAUGCAAAAAUCUCAGCUGGCAGAACCAGACCCAGUUAUAGAGAAGAAAACUGAAGAGGAAGAUGUUGACUAUGAAGAUGAUCUCUUCUUAGACUAUGACCCAGAAAAUCUCUACAGAGCAUUUGAUUAUGACUUCAGUGAAAAUCAACCAGAAAUAGAAGAAUUACCUCCAAUUGAUCAUGGCAUUCCUAUUACAGACCGAAGAAGUACUUUUCAGGCACACUUGGCUCCAGUAGUUUGUCCUAAACAGGUGAAAAUGGUUCUUGCCAAGUUGUAUGAGAAUAAGAAAAUAGCUAGUGCUACUCAUAACAUAUAUGCCUAUAGAAUAUAUUGUGAGGGUAAACAGACCUUCUUGCAAGACUGUGAGGAUGACGGGGAAACGGCGGCUGGCGGACGUCUUCUCCAUCUCAUGGAGAUUUUGAAUGUGAGGAAUGUCAUGGUGGUAGUAUCACGCUGGUAUGGAGGGAUUCUGCUAGGACCAGAUCGCUUCAAGCAUAUCAACAACUGUGCCAGGAACAUACUACUGGAGAAGAACUAUAUAAGCUCACCUGAGGAAUCAUCUAAGGGUUUGGGAAAGAACAAAAAAGUAAAAAAGGACAAGAAGAAGAGUGAACAUUAAUACUUGAAACUGCACAAAAGGUUACUCUGCCUAUAAUUACACACACAUUCCGUAGUCACCAAGGAAUAUAUUGUGCACAGAGCGUAUCCUUGACUGCUCCUCUCAGCCAGUUCGUCGCGGACACCAGCAUUAUCUUUUCUUCUUUGGUUUUAUCAUCUGCCAAAAAUAGAGAAGUUAUGAUAUAUUCAUGUGUGUUGCGGCUUAUUUGAGAGAACUAAUUUCAGCUUAAUCACUGUUUCAUGUAAUUUGAGGAAGGUAGCAGUUGCUCGGGGCAGUAUCUAAAUUAACUGUCCAUUUCAGUACAUGUCAAGUGCCUUUGUUAGGUGGGGAAGAAGUGUCUCCUGAGGAAAAUAAGUACCUGAUUUCUUGUCAUAGAGAUUCUCAUGUUCUAAAUGAAUAUUGCCUUUUAUUGCUCUUUAUGGCUUAUUGAAACAGGAGCUCAUUGAAGAUUGAUUUUGGAGAGUUUUUUCUUGCAAUUUUAGUUCAUAAGUGUGUCACUUUUCAUUUUUUAGUGUUCAUCCUUGAGUAAUAGAUGGAGUGAAAAUCCAGGAGAACCCAUCUGCGGUUAUGUGCUGAGUUGUAGUUCAUCUACUGUAUCUGUUAGCCUAAGUGUUAUGCUUCCGUUUCUGUCACAAAUUGGGGGUGAAAUAUCAAAAAGUGGUUUUCUAGUCUCUGUCGUUUUUUGUUUAACUCUUACAAAGUACAACAGUGAACAUGGAGUAUCAGUAGACUUCUUCCACCCCUGAAAUGUGUUUAUGUAAUAUUCUGGUCUCUUGUCACACCGUGGACCAGGUGUGUCUCUUGUGAUUGUCACUGAGACAUUACAACUGUGGUGAAGUUAGGCUAUGGUUAAUGGGAUAUCUGCGGAGGUGGCAGAAUGACUCUGGUGUAGGACAAGGGUUUAUUGGCUGGCUUUCCCAAUUCCAUGAUUUGAAAAGAAGAGGAGGAACGCAUCUCUUGAUUGGAAAAACAAAGAAAUCCUUUUUUUUCCCCACCAUUUUUAGCAAAUCUUCCGUUUUGUCAGUGUUUUAUGUUUCUUCCAUCUGCAAGUUACUUUUAGGCCUUUAGGUAAUAAAUUAACCUUUGAGAUAUAAUAAGUCAUGAACUGUUUCCUUUCCAUUAUGUUUGGAAAUGGUUUUUAAAGUUUACCACUUCAUCACAAAUUUGUCUGAGAUUCCCUUCCCAAAAGAGGGAGCAGAAAUUAGGAGGCAGUUUUUGGAUGGUGCUAGAGCAUGGGAAAGAGCAUAGGUUGGGCAAAUAUUAUUCCUCUUUUCUCCUAUGUCUUAUCUUUGAAAGAUCCAAUAUUCUUACUUGGUGUUUUUAAUAAGAAUUUAAUAGCUUUGCAUGAUGAUUUAUUUUGAGACCUGAAAUCUUACUUUUCAACAUUUAAUGUUACAAAUUAUUAAGAGCCAUAGGAUGACAUAUAUAUAUAUAUUUGGGGCACUUAGUUUCCAUCAAGUGUUAAAUAUGUACUAUAUAUUAACUGUUAAAGAAGUUAGAGGCCAUUUAUUAACAUUAAGAUAGUUUCACAAUUUUGGCUUUUCAAACUUGUGGCAGGUGACAGAAAACAGUAAGAAUUUGAUGCUGCAGAAAAAGAAAUGUAAGUUAAUUUUUCUGCCUCAUUAAAAUUUUUUUCUUCCUGUUUUAUCUAACAUUUGAGUCCUUACAGAAAAUACCAUUUAUAGCUAUGAUCUCAUUUUUUCUUACUUAAAAAGUCUUAUCUUUUACUUCUUUCUAUAAAUUAUUAGCCAUAUUUUUUGAAUUAAAAAAUACUAGUUUCCUUUACCCAAAGUCAGUUAGCUGGUAACCAAGGAUCAAAAUUCUGCAGUUUUCAACCCUGAAUUAUUUUGUACUCUGCAACUAGUGGAAACCCUAACUAAUGACAGUAUUUUUUUAUUUAAAAUUUCUCUGAAACAGAAAAUUUCCCCAUAGAAAUAGAAAAUUUCCUCCAAAUAAUAA